AAAUAACAAAAUACAAAUAACAAAUUCCAAUUAGAACAAAUACUAGGGAUAGGAGGAACUGUUACUUAUUGGAUGAUCAAAUCAAUCGCUUUCGAAAUUAAAUUCCAAUUCCAAUUUCAAUUUCCAUCUCUCGCCAUUUGCUAGUCUCAAGGAUGGAUGCAGUAGAACGAGUAGUGGCACAAAUUCAAGGGCUUUCAAGCAGCGUAGCAGAUUUGAAUCAACUUGUUCACAUUCUUAAACAAUCUGAAGAUUCCCUUCGUCUCAAUUCUUCUCGUUUGCCUUCUUUUUUCAGUCAUCUUGAUCCAUCUAUACAUUCUCUUGGUUACCUCUACUUGUUGGAUGUUUACACAUCUUCAGUAUCGAGAGAUGAAGCAAAUGAUGUCAUUUUAUUGGUUGCGAGAUUCAUCAAUUCUUGCAUUGUUGAGCAAAUCCGUCUUGCACCUCAUAAAUUUAUUUGUGUAUGCAAGAGGUUCAAGGACCAAGUUAUUUUGCUUGAGACUCCCAUGAGGGGUGUUGCCUCCAUGCUGACUGCCAUCCGUAAAAUUCGGCCUUCUUCUGAACAUUUGACUGCUUUGCAUCCCGACUUUCUUCUUCUUUGUAUAUUGGGAAAAUGCUACAAGGUUGGUCUAUCUGUCAUCAAGGAUGAUGUAUUUGAGAUUGAGCAGCCAAAGGACCUUUUUCUGUACUGUUACUAUGGGGGAAUGAUUUGUAUUGGAUUAAAGAAGUUCGAGAAAGCAUUGGAGCUUCUUCACAAUGUUGUUACUGCUCCAAUGUCUAUAUUAAAUGCUAUAGCUGUUGAAGCAUACAAAAAGUAUAUAAUGGUUUCACUUAUCCACCAUGGACAGUUCUCCACCAAUUUUCCAAAGUAUACUUCUUCGGUUGCUCAGAGGAGUUUGAAGAAUUUUACUCAGGUCUACCUAGAACUAGCUAAUAGUUAUACCAAUGGAAAUAUUGCUGAUCUCGAGAUGUUUGUUCAGCGUAACAAGGAAAAGUUUGAAGCAGAUAACAAUCUGGGAUUGGUGAAGCAGGUGGUGUCAUCCAUUUAUAAACGAAAUAUCCAGAGAUUGACUCAAACAUACUUGACUCUGUCCCUUCAGGAUAUCGCCAAUAUUGUGCAAUUAAAUAGUGCCAAGGAAGCAGAGAUGCAUGUACUUCAAAUGAUCCAAGAUGGUCAUAUCCAUGCUACAAUUAACCAGAAAGAUGGAAUGGUACAAUUCCUUGAGGAACCAGAACAGUACAAGACGUGUGAGAUGAUUGAACAUAUAGACUACUCUAUUCAUAGGAUAAUGACUCUGUCAAAGAAACUAGCUUCUGUAGAUGAACAUAUUUCGUGUGAUCCACUAUACCUAACAAAGGUUGGAAAAGAACGACAGCGUUUUGAUUUUGACGAUUUUGAUGGAGUGCCUCAGAAAUUCAACAUUUGAGUCAUAGAAUCAUCCCAAUUGUACGUGGUGAAAGCUCCAUUAUGCUCGUGUCUUCAAGCAAUUCUCACCCAACAUCUCUUUCAUGCGUAUCUAUAAGAACGAACUUCAUUUAGGUAGUACGUUUAUUAUGUAGUGAACUGAAUAGUCCUUUUGGAUCGUCUUCCAUGUUUCAAACCUGCUGCUUUUACUUUCGUACAGUCCGAUGAGGUAUCGUAAAAUGUAUGGCGUUGUCUAAUGAGAUGCAAUGGAGAUGGAAUGUCCUGGGACGCCAUUUUUGAAUCUCUAUGUGAUGCAGCGAAGUUCGUAGUUAAAGUUGAAAAAUGACCCGUUUGUUUGAUGAGAUAUAAUAUUACGGAUGUUAUUGAUUGAUUCCCCUUAAUGCUUCAACAUUUCAGUUAGUAUGCAGACCCUAAAUACUACUCAUGGUUGGCGUUAGUUAAUUACUAUACUAUUUUACUAAUCAAUACUGUUUUAUUGUUUUAUUCGUCUUAA